CCUUCCUCCUCCCCUCGGCCGCAGGCGAAAGUCGUGGACCCCACCUCGCUGGCCCUACUGCCGUGUGGCAUCCAGGGAGAGCUGUGGGUCAGGGGUCACUGUGUCAUGCGCGGAUAUUGGGGAGACGCUUCAAGCACUAGCAGCGCCAUCACGGCAGAGGGAUGGUACCGCACUGGGGAUCUGGCCGUGUUGGACUCCCUGGGUUAUUGUCAAAUCGUCGGUCGCCUCAAGGAUUUGGUGAUUCGGGGCGGAGAAAACAUUUACCCCGCUGAGGUGGAGAGCAUUCUUCAUCAGAUGGAGGGCAUAGCAGAGGCCCAGGUGGUGGGAGUGAGUGAUGCUAGGAUGGGAGAGGAGCUGUGUGCCUGCGUUCGACUCAAGUUGGGCUCUGAGCUCACCCCGGAUGACGUCCGCGCCUUCUGCCAAGACAAGGUGGCUCACUUCAAGGUGCCACGCUACGUGGUGGUGGUGGACUCCUUCCCACUGACCGUGACGGGGAAGAUUCAGAAGUUCAAGCUUCGAGAACAAAUGGAGUUGAAACUCGCCAUCACCAAGAAGUAGAACACACACAGACAAAGUUCCUCCAGGUAGCCUCUAGCAGGGCUGUAGGGGCAAGUGCUGAUAGUAGCGAGUAGCAGCAGCUGUGUCUAUGUACUCCACACACACCACACACAGACAAAG